CGUGUUCCUCUGGAGUUUGCUUUUGCUUGGGAGACUCGCGCGCACACCCAUUCCUCUGGCCUGGCGACCGUGCCGGGGAGGUGGAGAGCCACUCUGGUCCACCGAAUCGUCGCCGGAGGUUGGGAGCGGGGCGAGAUCUCCCUCAAAGGAGUCAGGCCCUGCCGGGGAAGUUUCCCCAAGUCGACGCAGUGCUGCAGCCCCGGUCACCCGCCACCCUACGCGCCACCCUUGUUCUCCCACUCCGGAUCCGUCUGGCCCAGGCGCGGACCUGGCGCUGUUUGCGACCGUACAAGAAGAUCCGAGGUGAAAGAAAGGUGUAAAAACAACUUAAGACUUUUCUUCAGAUCCACACUAAGAUGGAUACUUUUUGCCUCACGACAUCCCUUUGGCUCAUCCUGGUGGGAGGAGUAAUCAGUGACAAUCCUGAGAGACACAGCGCAAAUCUAAGCAGUCAAGCGGGGGACUUCACCCCUUUUCCGGGGACAGAGCUCAGCUUCCUGGGAACCACUCAUCGACCUACAAAUUUGGCCCUGCCCAGCAAUGGCUCAGUGCGUAGCUAUUGCCCACAACAGACUAAAAUCACGACAGCUUUCAAAUACAUUAACACUGUGAUAUCCUGCACCAUUUUCAUCGUGGGGAUGGUGGGGAACGCAACCCUGCUUAGGAUCAUUUACCAGAAUAAGUGCAUGAGGAAUGGUCCCAAUGCACUCAUAGCCAGCCUGGCCCUGGGGGACCUGAUCUACGUCGUCAUUGAUCUCCCCAUCAAUGUGUUUAAGCUGUUGGCGGGGCGCUGGCCUUCUGACCACAACGAUUUUGGGGUAUUUCUCUGCAAGCUCUUCCCCUUCCUGCAGAAGUCAUCCGUGGGCAUCACCGUCUUGAAUCUCUGUGCCCUCAGUGUCGACAGGUACAGAGCAGUGGCCUCGUGGAGUCGUGUUCAAGGAAUCGGGAUCCCCUUGAUUACCGCCAUUGAAAUUGUCUCCAUCUGGGUCCUGUCCUUUAUUCUGGCCAUCCCAGAGGCCAUCGGCUUCGUCAUGGUACCGUUCGAAUACCGGGGUGAGCAGUAUCGAACCUGCAUGCUCAACGCCACGACCAAGUUCAUGGAGUUUUACCAAGACGUGAAGGACUGGUGGCUCUUCGGCUUCUACUUCUGCAUGCCGCUGGUGUGCACGGCCAUCUUCUACACCCUCAUGACCUGUGAGAUGCUCAACAGGAGGAAUGGCAGCUUGCGGAUUGCCCUCAGUGAACACCUCAAGCAGCGCCGAGAAGUGGCGAAGACCGUGUUCUGUUUGGUUGUCAUCUUUGCGCUCUGCUGGCUCCCUCUUCACUUAAGCCGCAUUUUGAAGAAGACCGUGUACGACGAGACGGAAAAGACCCGAUGUGAACUGCUCAGCUUCUUGUUGCUCAUGGAUUACAUCGGUAUCAACUUGGCAACCAUGAAUUCUUGCAUAAACCCAAUAGCUCUGUAUUUUGUGAGCAAGAAAUUCAAAAAUUGUUUCCAGUCGUGCCUCUGCUGCUGUUGUCACCAGUCCAAAAGCCUCAUGACCUCGGUCCCCAUGAACGGAACAAGCAUCCAGUGGAAGAAUCACGACCAGAACAACCACAACACAGAAAGGAGCAGCCACAAGGACAGCCUGAACUAGAUGAGCUAGUCCUCUGCAGAUUCGCCAGUCACUGUGUCUUCAAGUCCUGGCGGGGAAAACGGACACACAGCAGCGGACCUCCCUAAAGCUCCCAAAUUCUCUCCCUUGGUCCUUCUCUAAUUCAACCCAAGAAAAGAAAAGCACUCCUGCCCUCCCAACAGCAUGUGGUGGAACGGCUUCCAGCCACAGUCAAUGGGUCUACCUAAAAAUUUGCAUAUUUUGCAUGUCAUAUCCAACACUUGAAAAUUAUGAGAGCUGAGGGAGAUCGUUCAAGGAACCCAUACAAUAUCUGCAGUCUUUGCAGGAACACAGAGUUUGAAAGUUCAACCAGCAUUCAGGCAGUUCUAUGGGGCAGUGAGUAAGAAUGUUCAGCAGAGGACCCUAGAGCAGUGGUUCUCAACCUUCCUAACACUGCAACCCUAUAAGACAGCUCCUCAGAUUGUGGUGACCUCCAACCAUGAAUCAUUUUUCUUUGUAUUUCAUAACUGUAAUUUUUCUACUGUUAUGAAUCAUAACGUAAAUAUCUGAUAUUUCUAAUGAUCUUGGGUGAGCCCUCUGAAAGAGCCAUUCGACCCCAAAGGGGUCUGACCCCACAGGUUGAGAACCACUGCUCUAGCGAUUCUACUGGGUUUAGUGGCACAUGCCUGUAAUCAUGGAACUGAAGAAGCGAGGCAAAGGCAAUCAGGAGUUUGAGGUUAGUCUCAUCCUCGUGGUUCAUAAAAGCCUGGGCUAUAUAAUAUUCUGUGUCAGAAAUACAGAUUUUAAAAAAGUUUAGAGAUAAUGACAAGAUUCUUUUCGUUAGCCAGAAGCACUGUGAGGCUAAAGUCCUUUGGAGAUGUCAUUUGGUGUUAGUGUUUUAUAUCUGAUUGUCCCUCUUAUUUGCAUAUACUCAGAAGAAGGUGCAGAUGAGAGGAUGGCAUCGAUGAGCAAUGGGGCAUGUUUCUGUGUCACUGUUUAUUUGCAAACGUGACUUCUAAAGCUGCCACAAAUGCAGCCAGAGCCUGGCACUGCCGGAGCAGUGUAGUAGCUGCUCAACAAAGAAUUUUUAAGGCCCUCUAUUUUCUUUUUUUCUUCCUUUUUUUAAUGAUGUUUUUAUUAGAUCAUAUUUGGAUUUGGUUUUAUUUAAAUUUUGAGACAGGACUUCACUAUGUACAUCAAGCUAGCCCCUGAACUCACAGAUAUCCACCUGUUGCUGCCUCCCAAGUGCUGGAAUUAAUGGCGUGUGCCAUUACAUCUGGCGUGAGCAUAUUUUUAUGUCAAAUUAAAAAUAAUAACACUUGGGAGCUGGACAAGAUGGCAUAUGCGACAUGCUUAAGGCUCUUAACACAUGGGGAGGCUGAGGCAGGAUGACUGUGAGUGUCGUCACAGUGGGAGGGAUUCCACCUUAAGAUAAUAGCUAUUAAUAAUAAUACUGACAUCCUCCAGUUCUAGUUCUCAUAACCCAUCUUUGGCAAUGUGAAGGCAUGUCCUGAAGCUAAGGUGAGUCGCUGGAGUGUGCCUGAGACGCCCAGUGCCAUGCCGGAAGCAUCCCUAGGAGGAAAAUGCUCAGUGGUUCUUGAGGACCUGAAAAUCUUCUCUAAGUUCUGCAGUAGUAGCACGUACAUGAUGUGUAGUCCCUUUCGUGCACUCGGUUUCUUCCACAGCGAUGACUGGCUACAGGCUUUCCUGCUCAUUCCUUUUUCCAGGCAGGGAACAAUGUCAUAGUGGCCAAAAAAAGCUGAUUGUGUUGAGUGAAAUGUAUUAUACCUGCGUGAGCCUUUAACUCUUCACUCCUCUCUGAUAUAAACUUCAGUCUCUAUCCUGUCCCCAGAUUCCCAAUGGUCACCAUUUCAAAGGGCCCUCAGUAAUUCUACUGGGCAUUUUCCCAGAUGUUUACAGACUGUGAGAAUGACAAAUAUCUUUUAUUCUGUAUGUAUAUAAAUAUAUAAAUAAUUGUAAAUUUCUUGUA